AUGGUUCCCAACACCAUCGCAGGAAAGAUCUUCGGCUCCAUCUGCUCCCUCAGUGGCGUGCGAAAGUGCGUAUGGCUCGGAUCCGCUUGGCGAAGAAAGGAAACAGCCAACGCCUUCCUCCAGUACAAAGAAGACCGAAACAUCGGGGACAAUAACAGCACGGCUCUGUAUGUGAAGAACAGAUCAGCGUUCGAGCAUCAACACAACCACCUUCUGCACUGUCUGGAGAAGACGACGAACCACGAGUUCACAAACGAGAUGAACUACAGCGAGCUGUGUAUGACGGAGUCGGUGGGCUACAAGACCAGUCGCAGCACCUCCCUGUCCAGCCAGCAGGGGGCGCAGAACAACUCCACCGGCUGCUGCCCCCGCCGGGCCAGGAGGAGAGCCGCCAUGCGACUGGCUAACUCCACGGUGUCCGUCAGCCGGGGGAGCGUCCAGGAGCUGGACACCCUGCACUUCAAAACCACCUCCAUACCACCACAAACUCGUUCCAGUCUGAACGCCCAGAUUUGCGACCUGAAGCUGAACUGCGGGGAACAAGACUUCACCGCUGCCAUCAUCAGCAUCCCCACACCGCCCGCCAACUCGCCUGACGAGAGCCUCCCCCCGUCGCCCGCCCCCAUCCUCGGCAUCCUGCGCAACACCCGGGCCACCGCCUACACCCAGGACACCGUCAAAAUCUCCUCCUUAUAACCUCCGCCCGCGACCUCCCACUAGACACCCGCCCCGCCGCCCCACCAGCCAACCUCCCCAUGAACUCUGCACUUCAUUUGAACCUCUGAUCCUGAACCCAGGGCACUGACAGCUGAGAUUUCGGGGACAAAACACGGAUACUUUGAGUACCGCUGGUUGCUUUCACUUCCUCUCACAUGUGUUGUGGAUUAUUGGAGGCACAAUGGUUUACCAUUAGGGAGACGACUCAAAACGGCAGCUGGGAAGUCGAGCAGAAAUCAAAUGCAAGGAAUUUGAAAAGGAACACAAAUGUGUUCUUUCCUGAGUCUUAAGAAUCCCGACCGCAUUUUACCCCUGAACAGUUUUGACCCUUUGAAUCUCGUUGCACAAACCCCCGGAGGGUUCAUCCAAUGGAAAAGAUGCCAAGACUCCCAAAGAAGAGACAUUCAGCACCCAAAACCAACGGUUGGUUGGUUUCAUUGGGUCGACUUUGUGUGCCACUAAACAUAAUGCUUUAGAGAAGGGUUACAAGAUGGCUGCCGAGGACGAAGGUCUAAACUCUGGCUUAUUUCAAAAGAGAAGUUGACGUGUCGGCAGUGAAUCUGAGGGACUGCCGCCUGUCGGAGGAUCAUUUAGACUCGUCCGUGAUUGGAAAAAAGACGAACUGUAGACAACCAAACAACCCUCAGCGGCUCCUGUGGCUACAACCUUUUUGAUUCCUUUGGAUGUUGGUUGUUGUGGCGGCUAUCGGGCCGAUAUAACUCAAAAAAGAAACAUACGUGUUUUUGCUUUAUUCAAACCAGGAUGGCUUCUUUCCUUUACAGCGACAGACCUUCGAGCCUGAUUACAGUGAAAACAAUGCUCAGUUGAGUGAAGUGUUGGACCUCUUUUGCUUGAAAUGUGCAGGUUGUAGGUUUAAACUCCAACAAGACGUCUUCGAAGAGGAUGAAGAAUGGAUCUUAAAUCAAAUGGAGUUCGGGAGUAAAGAUGGAUGAUCUCUUCACUGGCUUUAAUUCAGCAGCUGAAGCCGCUUCGGGUCACCUUUGAAGGAAAGUAAAAGAACUCUCAAGCUUUUAUCAGAAUCCAGCUGCGAGAUGUGAAAGAACCGUCAUCCAGAAGCCGCUGCAACGCGUGAAUCUAACACUCGAACUCAACUGGGUUUGACUGCCGAGUGCUGUUCACACUGAGCUGAACCGGUCUUCUAAACGGGACUACAGAGAGGAGAGCGUUUGUUCUGGACGCGCUCAGCUUCACACUGACGUCCAGACUGGGAACGAAAGCCUUUUACUUUUCAAAAUAUGCAACAUUACAACAAGCAGGAAAAUAGCAUCAACAAAUGAACAUAAUAAUAACAAUAAUAAUAUGUGUGUUAUAAAACAGGGAACUUAAUGUAACUAAGAAAUCCAUUUGUUCUGUGAUCCUUUGAGAAGGAAACACAACAAGGACUCUGCAAUAGAUUUAAAUGGGGAAGGAAAACGCAACGCCGGAAGCUCUGCUGGGGGGGGGGGGGGGUGAAGGUGAAGAUCCUCCUGCAGAUGUUUCAACGUCCCUGAAGUCGUGUUUAUGGUUGAUGCUCCAUCUUUAGCGUCAGCAUUGUUUUAUAAUAACUCCUUAAAUCUGAAGACCUGCUCGUGCAAAAUAUGCAAAAAGAUUAAAUGUAAUUAUAUCUACACAAAUGAUUAUACUAAGUGUUGCUGUUGCGUUAGUAUUAGCACAAUAUGGCUGUUCACUUUUAAAUAACAAAACCUACUAAAUAUGUUUUUUUACGUUGGCUAAAUUGACAUGUUUUUUAUUCCCGGUGCCUCCACUAAUGAAUGGAAGGAUUAUCGUUACCAGAAAGAUAAACGUAACAAGGAGACGGCUGCUCUUUUAUCUCCCCCUCCAAACAUGAGGAGAACCCUCGACCAGUGGGACAAUCUCCCCGAAGCAAACGCUGAGAUCAGUAAAUAAUCUGAGAUGAACGAGUUUCUGCUGCUGGACCGGAAAGUAUCUGAACUCCGCUUCAUAUGACCGGACACUUGAUGGACGAUAACGACGUGAAACAUGUUAAAUCAGUUCGUCUCAGUCGACUGUCUUCCGUCAGCCGGUGAAGUCCUUUCCAAAUCAGAUCCUUUGCAUUAAACUCAACUUUGAUGAACUUGAACGUGCACAUCUGCGCCGCUGCCCAAUAACAAGCCCUUCAGCACAAAGCAGUCCAAUUCAUUUCAGUGAAAUUGUCGCCAUAUAGAGCAAAACAUCUGUUCACCUGCAAAUCACUAUGAAUUGUUACUUAUUUUAAUAUUAGUUUGUCAGCUGGAGCUGCUUAUGGUUCGCAGGUGAAACGCUGUUUACAUUCAAACUGGAUUACGAACUGGUAGAACAGUUUAAAUUCUUUGGAUUAUAACCUUAAUUUAAAAGCAUUUUUAUGACCAUAAAUCCUUCCGUACAUUAAAGUGUUGUAUUUAAAAGUUAGACUUUACUUCGGCCUUCGACCCUCUGCAGUAAACACUGAGAGACUGAGAUGCAUUGUGUGGAGCACACGCAGCGUGUGUGUGUGUGUGUGCAGGUGGUGUCUCCUGCACACACACACACACGCAGCGUCACUGUGUGUGUGUGCAGGUGGUGUCUCCUGCACACACACACACGUCCCCUCUGUGCACACGCCUCUCGUCACACGUGUUUUCGGCGCAGCGUUUUCCUCGACCAUCCAGAAGUGUGAGUGAGAGACAGGAGACAAAGACGUACAUACUGUAACAUAUUUUGUAUCAUAAACUUUCACCUGCAUCUUCCAAUCAAACCCUCGAACCAAAAAAAAAAAAA